CGCAAUUCAAACUUCAACGAGCAGGGUUCGUGUAUGUUUGGUUGCAGGACAACAACCAUCAUUAUUGCCAUUUUACAAUUUUAUCAUUCAUUUUCCAUAAAAACUUUAAAAAGUCUCUUUAAUUAAUAAUAAAUAUAACAUAAUUGUGGUGCUGUGCCUGUGUUGAUUUCGAAUUAGCUCGGAGCGAUCCAAUUUCCCAAAUGGCAAACCGUAUAUUCUCCAAAAUAACUUUAUCUAAAAAUGGUUACCCUACGAUUAGUCUCACCCUGAGAUCACUAUCGGCCGGACCACCUCCAGGCACACCACCACCACAAACCAAAAUCAAAUUUGGUCCACUUGCAGACGAGGACAGAAUAUUCACCAAUCUAUAUGGAAAACACGAUUGGAGGCUCAAGGGUGCAAUCAAACGCGGCGAUUGGUACAAAACCAAAGAAAUUUUACUGAAAGGAGCUGAUUGGAUUAUCAAUGAAGUCAAAACAUCUGGCUUACGUGGUAGAGGCGGGGCAGGGUUUCCUUCAGGUAUGAAAUGGUCCUUCAUGAACAAACCCAGCGAUGGCAGACCAAAAUAUCUGGUAGUAAAUGCUGACGAAGGAGAGCCUGGCACUUGCAAAGAUCGUGAAAUCAUGCGUCACGAUCCACAUAAAUUGGUUGAAGGUUGUCUCAUUGCUGGCAAAGCAAUGGGAGCUAAAGCAGCUUAUAUUUACAUAAGAGGCGAAUUUUACAAUGAGGCUUCCAACAUGCAAGUGGCCAUAGCAGAGGCUUAUCAAGCAGGAUUAUUGGGCAAAAAUGCUUGCAACUCUGGGUUUGAUUUUGACGUGUUUAUGCAUCGCGGCGCGGGAGCUUAUAUUUGCGGCGAAGAAACUGCUUUGAUUGAAUCCAUUGAAGGCAAACAGGGUAAACCCAGACUAAAACCGCCAUUCCCAGCAGAUGUUGGUGUGUUUGGUUGUCCCACAACUGUGACUAAUGUUGAAACUGUAGCUGUAGCACCUACAAUUCUUAGAAGAGGUGGAGCAUGGUUUGCAUCAUUUGGCAGAACCAGAAACUCUGGCACUAAACUGUUCAACAUUUCGGGGCAUGUGAACAGGCCUUGCACCGUUGAGGAGGAAAUGAGCAUACCACUGAAAGAACUCAUUGAAAUUCAUGCUGGUGGUAUCGUUGGCGGUUGGGACAAUUUGUUAGCCAUCAUUCCUGGAGGAUCUUCAACUCCAUUAAUUCCCAAAAAGGUUUGUGAAGAUGUCCUUAUGGAUUUUGAUGGACUAGUUGCUGCCCAAACGAGUUUAGGUACCGCUGCUGUGAUUGUAAUGAACAAACAAACUGAUAUUGUUAAAGCGAUUGCUCGGCUUCUUAUGUUCUACAAACAUGAAUCCUGUGGACAAUGCACACCUUGCAGAGAAGGAGUUCAUUGGAUGAACAAAAUCAUUUAUCGUUUUGUUGAUGGUAACGCAAAAAUCGAAGAAAUUGAUAUGCUAUGGGAAAUCAGCAAACAAGUGGAAGGUCAUUCUAUUUGCGCUUUAGCAGAUGGUGCUGCUUGGCCUAUACAAGGUCUAAUUAGGCAUUUCAGGCCGGAACUUGAAUGCAGAAUGAGAAAAUUUGCUGAAGUUCAGCAAAGGGCUUCAUGUUAACCUUCUGUAUAUUUUUAUGUUUGUAAAUACGUCAAUAAAUAAUAAUUAGAAGUUAAUUAAGAAGGACUAUUUAUUGAUUAAAAAAAAAGUGUUUUAUGGAUUCAAAUAAUAUAUUGCAAUGAUUUUUGCCCCUCUUUUCGUA